UCAUAAUUAGCUGAGCUCUAGGGUUUAUAUAUUCAUCAUAAUCGUCCCAAAUCCAAAGUUGCACAUGGUCUAGGAGUUCACCUGACCUCGGAAGCAAAACCAUCCUGAAGUCGUAACAGUUUCCUCGCUUCUGCUAGACCCUAGCUGUGUAAGCUUACUCGUUUGAGAGAUGUAUCUGUACAGUCUAACUCUGCAGCAGGCGACGGGAAUCAUCUGCGCGAUCAACGGGAACUUCUCCGGUGGGAAGACACAGGAGAUUGCGGUAGCUCGUGGCAAGAUUCUGGACCUUCUCCGUCCGGACGAGAACGGUAAGAUCCAAACGAUACACUCUGUGGAAGUAUUUGGUGCAAUUAGAUCCUUAGCUCAGUUUAGGUUGACUGGUGCGCACAAGGAUUAUAUAGUGGUUGGCUCAGAUUCGGGUAGGAUAGUUAUACUCGAGUACAACAAGGAGAAGAAUGUGUUCGAUAAAGUUCAUCAGGAGACUUUUGGCAAGUCGGGCUGCAGAAGAAUUGUGCCAGGCCAGUACUUGGCUGUCGAUCCCAAAGGGAGAGCUGUUAUGAUUGGAGCUUGUGAGAAGCAGAAAUUGGUUUACGUUUUGAACAGAGAUACUACUGCUAGGUUAACCAUUUCUUCUCCCUUGGAAGCUCACAAGUCUCAUACCAUUUGCUAUUCUGUCUGCGGUGUCGACUGUGGCUUCGAUAACCCCAUUUUUGCAGCCAUUGAGCUUGAUUACUCCGAGGCAGAUCAGGAUCCCACUGGCCAAGCCGCAAGUGAGGCUCAGAAGCAUCUGACUUUCUAUGAGCUCGAUUUGGGGCUCAACCAUGUCUCUAGAAAGUGGUCAGAACCAGUUGACAAUGGUGCUAAUAUGCUUGUUACUGUUCCUGGAGGAGCUGAUGGCCCAAGUGGAGUUUUGGUUUGCGCUGAGAAUUUUGUUAUUUACAAGAAUCAGGGUCAUCCAGACGUGAGAUCCGUGAUUCCUAGACGAGCUGAUUUGCCUGCUGAACGAGGAGUUUUGGUAGUUUCUGCCGCCGUGCACAAGCAAAAGACAAUGUUCUUCUUUUUAAUUCAGACCGAGUAUGGCGACAUUUUCAAGGUUACUCUGGAUCACAAUGGCGAUAAUGUCUCCGAAUUGAAGAUCAAGCGUGCUUGUCUCAUUGCAUUGAGUGGGGGAGAGCUUAUAUACUUUGAGGCAGAUAUGUCGGGUCAGCUGAUGGAGGUGGAUAAACAUGAAAUGUCUGGUGAUGUGGCUUGCCUGGACAUAGCGCCUGUUCCUGAAGGAAGACAAAGAUCUCGCUUUCUUGCCGUGGGAUCCUAUGAUAAUACUGUGCGCAUUCUGUCUCUGGAUCCUGACGACUGUCUGCAGAUUCUCAGCGUGCAAAGUGUCUCUUCAGCUCCGGAGUCUCUGCUAUUCCUCGAAGUUCAGGCAUCGAUUGGUGGAGAGGAUGGUGCUGAUCACCCGGCAAAUCUCUUCCUUAAUUCUGGUCUGCAGAAUGGUGUUCUUUUCAGAACGGUGGUGGAUAUGGUGACUGGUCAGCUUUCGGAUUCUCGUUCCCGGUUCUUGGGACUGAAGCCUCCCAAGUUAUUCUCCAUUUCUGUGAGAGGUCGGUCUGCAAUGCUGUGUUUGUCUAGCCGGCCUUGGCUUGGUUAUAUUCAUCGAGGACACUUCCACUUGACGCCACUUUCUUACGACACUUUAGAAUUUGCUGCCCCCUUUUCAUCUGAUCAGUGCGCCGAAGGUGUAGUCUCUGUCGCCGGAGAUGCUCUGAGAAUAUUUAUGAUCGACCGUCUUGGUGAAACGUUCAACGAAACAGUGGUCCCUCUGAGGUACACGCCUAGAAAGUUUGUUGUCCAACCCAAGCGGAAGUUGUUGGUUAUUAUCGAGAGUGACCAGGGAGCAUUCACCGCAGAAGAGCGUGAAGCUGCAAGGAAGGAGUGCUUCGAGGCUGGUGGAAUGGGAGAAAAUGGUAAUGCAGAUCAGAUGGAGAAUGGUGCGGAUGAUGAAGAUAAGGAAGACCCGCUUUCUGAUGAGCAGUAUGGUUAUCCAAAAGCAGUGUCUGAAAAGUGGGUUUCUUGCAUCAGAGUUCUUGAUCCUAAGACAGCUACGACAACUUGCCUCCUGGAACUUCAGGACAACGAAGCUGCAUACAGUGUCUGUACGGUGAAUUUCCAUGAUAAAGAGUAUGGUACUUUGUUGGCUGUUGGUACGGUCAAAGGGAUGCAGUUCUGGCCCAAAAAAAAUCUAGUGGCUGGGUUCAUACAUAUUUAUAGGUUUGUGGAGGAUGGGAAAUCUCUUGAGCUUCUCCAUAAGACGCAAGUAGAAGGUGUUCCUCUUGCUCUGUGCCAGUUCCAAGGAAGACUGCUGGCAGGGAUUGGACCUGUCCUCAGAUUGUAUGAUUUGGGGAAAAAGAGACUGCUUAGGAAAUGUGAAAACAAGCUCUUUCCAAACACCAUUAUCUCUAUCCAAACUUACCGAGACCGUAUAUACGUUGGUGACAUCCAGGAGUCGUUCCAUUACUGCAAGUACAGGCGCGAUGAGAAUCAGCUAUACAUAUUUGCGGAUGACUGCGUCCCGAGGUGGCUGACAGCAUCGCACCAUGUGGAUUUUGAUACCAUGGCAGGUGCUGAUAAGUUUGGGAAUGUGUAUUUUGUGCGGUUGCCUCAGGAUGUGUCGGAGGAGAUAGAAGAAGACCCGACAGGCGGGAAGAUCAAGUGGGAGCAAGGAAAGCUGAAUGGAGCACCGAACAAAGUGGAUGAGAUAGUACAGUUCCACGUUGGGGACGUUGUGACGUGCAUGCAGAAAGCUUCGAUGAUCCCAGGUGGAUCGGAAUCCUUAAUGUAUGGAACAGUGAUGGGUAGCAUAGGGGCAUUACAUGCUUUCACAUCCCGUGAUGAUGUCGAUUUCUUCUCUCAUCUGGAGAUGCACAUGAGGCAGGAGUACCCUCCUCUCUGCGGGAGAGACCACAUGGCUUACAGAUCUGCAUAUUUUCCCGUCAAGGAUGUGAUAGAUGGAGAUCUGUGUGAGCAGUUCCCGACGCUUCCAAUGGACUUGCAGAGGAAAAUAGCAGACGAGUUGGAUAGAACACCGGCGGAGAUUCUGAAGAAGCUAGAAGACGCUAGGAAUAAGAUCAUUUAAAAAACACAAAAGAGAGUCAUUGUUUUGGUUGAAGAGGACAAAGUAGAGUAGAGAAACAGAGGUGGUAAUAGUUUUUUGUAAAGCUCUAUCUUCAAUGGUUUGUAAAACAAAACCUCUUGUGAGAACUCAUGAGUGUAAAACCUCAUUUUGGUUUUGAUGUAUGUUUCUUAUUUUUAGGUAAACAAUGCAUUCUAAUUUUUACUUUC